CAGGGUAAUAAAACACAGGAGGUUGUUCUCAAGGUAAACAAGUUGGAAGUUGAUCACAGAGGUUCUCCCUCUUUCUUUUAUUCCUUUUCUGUUUUUCUGAAGAGAAAUUCAAAUUGAUCAUGUCUUUCAAUGUGGAUAUGAUAAAGAAAAUGCUUCCAAGGUCAUAUCUGCGAAAAUAUGUGGCCCAUGACAUUCACGUCGCCAUAACUUACUUCAAAAGCCUUGUGCCUGCGAUGAAGGAGUACGUAUACAAAGAUGGAACAAAAAAGAACUUGAUGAGCCUUACAGGAACCAUUCCUGUGGUGUUUUCAGACCUGACUUACAACAUCCCCAUAUGUGUUUGGAUUGAGCCAAACUACCCCAAUGCUGCACCCAUGUGUUAUGUAAGGCCCACACAUGAAAUGAUGAUUGUCAGAGGGAAGUAUAUAUCGAAUGAUGGUAAAGUCAAAAUGCCUUACUUGAAUCAUUGGAAGAAGGGUGAAUGUGACCUAUUUAGCCUACUGCAGGUGAUGGUUGCUGUGUUUGAAGAGUUUAUUCCAUUAUGUAUGCGUUCCUACCCAGAGCCCGAACAAGCCUCAUGUUGGCUGCAGUUCCACAGAGAAGAAGAUGGGAGAUAUUUCGUGUCUUUACCCAGAGGAGAUGGCCAACCUUUCCAACAUGAAGAUGAAACCAGUUGUUAGUCAUUUUUGUACAUAUUUGAACAUGUUGUGUAAACAUUUGGUGUUUUGAUUUGUUUAGUCCGUGUAAAGAUAGACUAAAAAUGCAGGUACCACCCACUGUCUCUAACUACGUCUUGUGGAAAUGACUUGUCUUUCAGUAUUUCAGUUUCUUCUUUCUUCCAUUUCUUCACUACCUGUAGUGCUUUACAACUAGUCCAUAACAAUAAAAAUAAACUUUAUCUGCACUGAUCGGUCACUGUGGUGAUAUUACAUUGACCCUUGAACUGAGAAGUCAUUCACAACCAAAUACAGCUCUAUAGGACUUUGCAUAGCAAGUAAGUAUUUUUGUUUUAAUUUCAAAGGUUUUUAGAGCAUAAGAAAUACAACUGUACAAGCUAAGGGAGGUACAAAACGUUACAAAAGUUACCUUAUUUGAAAUGUUUGGAACUUUCAACCACAACUUUUCAAAGACAGAAAAUAAUAUUUCUUUCAUUAGCGUAAAUAAAAGUAUUUCAAAAAGAA